AUGUUUAAAGAAAUUUCCUUUAAGCACACACUGCUAACCGGCGUAAGCUCCUUUGGAGUGUCUGGAACUAUAGCUUGUGCCAUUAUUUCAUUAGAUCGGUCAAUAAAAACAAAACAAAUUCAACAAUUACAUUAUCAACUAAAACAGCAUUGUUCUAAAAAGUGGCAGAGAAUAUUACCCUUAUCCACUCAUUCAGAAAAUUCAAUAAAAAAAUUUUUGGAAAAAUAUUUAAAAUUUUUGAAGAAUGAGAAAGAAUGGAAUUUCAAUGAAAUUUGUGUGGCAGCAAGUUAUUUAAGAGGGAAGAAUGUUAAAAACCCUCCUUUAAAUGUGAGGGCUGUUAUAAUCCUUCCUGACGUGGAUGGGUCUAGUGAAGUAUUGGAGGAGGAACCUAUUAUUGUUAGAAAGGACGCCCUCACAUCCAUCAAUUAUCGUCUCGGUUUUUGGCCUAAAAUUGCUUGGACAUUGUAUGAGAAAGUGCCGGCCUAUAAAGAAGCUUUACAAUUAAUUCUAAAUAAAUUGGGAAUAAAUAAACAAUUAAAAGAAAUUAAUAAUCCUUCUAUAAUUAAAUUGGCUGAUGCUUUCGGACGUUUUAAAAUAUUAAAAGAAUUUGGAAUAAUUAGAAAAGAAGAUGAAAUAAUUAAUAAAAGGGAUAAUUUGGCAAUUAAUUUAUUUAGAGAAUUAAUUUGGGCGAAAGAAGAAAAUGAAUUCACAAAAGAUAAAAUUAUUAGAUGUAUUGAGGAAAUAAAAAAGAAGAGUAAUAUUGAAGAGGAAUAUAGUAGGAGUUUUUCAAAUCUAAUUUAA